CAAAUGCUAGUAUCCCAACGUGCAGUACCGCAGUGGUUCAGCUUGGGAAAAGGAAACCCUCGCAAAACCUCCGGCGAUGGCCAUCUCCGCCCUCCGCCGCGCUCCCUGGGCGGCGGCGGCCGCGCGGGGCCUCCUGGGGUCCGGGCGCGUCCAUGGACCCCGUCCUUCGCAGACCCAUCUUCACCGCGCCGAGCGCUCCGCUCUUUUCUCUUCUUUCUCCUCCCCGCAGCCGGGCGCCGCCGCCGACGCCCACCUCUUCCGGGUCAUAAACUUCGAGAUCUCCUGCGCCCAGCAAGACUGCAAGAAGAGCGACUGGGCCAAGGAAUUAGGAGAAGGGUUCCCUUUUGAGAUCCAAGAUAAGGAGGGUGCCAGCAGGAUAAUUCUCACAAGGAGAGAUCAGAAGGAGCGCAUUGAAGUGGAAGUGUUUUUGCCGAGUCCUGUUGAUCCAGAGGAGCAAAAUGAAGAGUACCAGGCGGAAGAUGACAACCGCCCGAGUCGCGCUAACAGUGGUGUCUCAAAUCAGUACUGCAUCCCGCUGAUGGUGAAAAUCCACAAAGGGGUGGCUUCGUGGCUGGAGAUCAGUUGUAGUUCUUACCCUAACAAACUCGUCAUCGAGAGUUUGGCAUUUGGACCGAACAGCGCAUCUGUUGAUUCGUUAAAUGUUGAAGCUAAGAUAAGGAAUCUUCCUGAGAAACUUCAGAGGGCGUUCUAUUCUUACUUGAAAAGUAGGGGAAUUUCGACUGAUGUUGCCAACUUCUUGCAUGCAUACAUGAUAAAUAAAGAGUGCCAUGAGUACUUGUCUUGGCUGAGAAAACUCAAGGGUUUGAUUAAAAGUUAAAUGAAGUGCCACAGAAGUUCCUUAUUUUUACAUGGUUUUGGACAAGUUUCCUUUGCUCAGUUCUUGAGGACCUUUUCCAGUAGAAUUGUGUCGUCUGAGAUAACAAUUAGGAGGUGACGCUGCUUUAAAAUGUGCUGUUUGUAAUCAAGAUUAAUGUAUGUGAAUGUUGAUGUACCUUGCUGCAUCCUUUAUGGGUUUAUUUGGUUAACAAGACUAUGUCCUUGGAAUCUUACAAGAUUUCUUCCUUGAAUGUCAAAGCUUUCAUCGAUGCCA